AUGGCUCUCCCAAAACGAAUUAUCAAGGAGACGGAGCGCCUGAUGAACGAACCGGUCCCCGGCAUCAGCGCAAUUCCGCACGAAGAGAACCUCCGCUACUUUGAUGUUGAGAUCCACGGCCCUUCGCAGUCGCCUUACCAAGACGGCAUCUUUAAGCUGGAACUCUUUCUUCCAGACGACUAUCCUAUGACGCCCCCCAAGAUCCGAUUCUUGACCAAGAUUUUCCAUCCUAAUGUAGAUAAGCUAGGUCGCAUUUGCUUGGAUGUCCUGAAGAACAACUGGUCCCCCGCUCUACAAAUCCGAACUAUCCUGUUGUCCAUCCAGGCCCUGCUCGGCGCUCCGAACCCAGAUGACCCGCUGGCUCCCGAUGUUGCUAAGACAUGGAAAGAAGACGAGCAAGCCGCCAUCGCGACGGCGACAGAAUGGACAAAGAAGUAUGCGACUCCGACGAAUCAAACGGAUCAGUAA